CUCCAAAUGCGCAAGGUUUACCCAUAUAUUGCCGGUUGACAAUAUCAGUGGAGUCUGCAAGAAUGCAGUAGAAGCGUCCUUUGCUAGGAUUAGAGUGGACGAGUUAUCUAUAAAAAGCCAGACUUACAUAAUCGCGAGUGCUUCUUCUAGCUCGGUUAAAAGCGCCGUCUCGAAAAACGACAGGCGCAUACAGUAGAAUAGGGGUGUUGUGUUAACCUCACCCAGCUCAACUAUUCAAAACUGGACUGGAGGUGUUAAGCAUAAAGAAAUAAGGACUGAACAUGUCUGUGGUGGGCAUUGAUAUGGGUUUCCAGAACUGUUACAUCGCUGUUGCCAGGAGCGGCGGCAUUGAAACCAUUGCAAAUGAAUACAGUGACAGAUGCACUCCAGCAUGCAUUUCACUGGCGUCCAAAAACCGAACCGUUGGAAAUGCUGCUAAGAGUCAGAUCAUAACUAACUUUAAGAACACGGUUCAUGGCUUUAAGAAGUUUCACGGUCGAGCAUAUGAUGAUCCAUACGUUCAGGGGGAGAAAUCCAAGUUGCCUUACAGCCUUCACAAACUGGACAAUGGCAGCACUGGAAUAAAGGUACGUUAUCUGAACGAGGACAAGGUGUUUACCAUCGAGCAGAUGACAGCCAUGUUGCUCACCAAGUUGAAAGAAACUUCUGAGCUCGCCUUGAAGAAGCCUGUGAUGGACUGUGUGAUAUCUGUCCCCAGCUUCUUCACCGAUGUAGAGAGGAGAUCUUUGAUGGAUGCCACUCAGAUUGCUGGACUGAACUGCUUGAGGCUGAUUAAUGACACAACAGCAGUGGCCUUGGCAUAUGGGAUCUAUAAACAGGACCUGCCAAACCCAGAGGAGAAGCCCCGUAAUGUUGUGUUUGUUGAUAUUGGGCAUUCAUCUUAUCAAGUUUCUAUUGCUUCCUUUAACAAGGGGAAAUUGAAGGUUCUGGCCACAGCCUUUGACCCCUACUUGGGCGGUCGCAACUUUGACGAAAUGCUCGUGGAAUAUUUCUGCGAAGACUUCAAAAAACGUUUCAAACUAAAUGUUAAAGACAACCCGAGGGCCUUGCUGAGGCUCUAUCAGGAGUGUGAGAAGCUGAAGAAACUCAUGAGUGCAAACUCCUCUGACCUGCCUCUCAACAUCGAGUGCUUCAUGAAUGACAUAGAUGUCCAUGGAAAAUUGAACAGGGUUCAGUUUGAAGAGAUGUGCGCUCAGUUGUUGAUGAGAGUGGAGGCGCCGUUGAAAUCGGUCAUGGAACAAUCAAAGCUUAGUAGAGAUGAGAUCUAUGCCAUUGAGGUGGUGGGUGGAGCCACCAGGAUUCCAACCAUUAAGGAGAGAAUUUCAAAGUUCUUCUGUAAAGACAUCAGCACCACGCUGAAUGCAGAUGAGGCUGUGGCGCGCGGAUGUGCCCUACAGUGCGCAAUCCUGUCUCCAGCCUUCAAAGUCAGAGAGUUCUCGAUUACAGACGCCGUUCCCUUCCCGAUUACUCUUCGCUGGAAGUCUCAAACUGAUGAAAGUGUUGGUGAAUGUGAGGUGUACAGUAAGAACCAUGCUGCACCUUUCUCCAAAGUCAUAACCUUCCACAAGAAGGAUCCUUUUGACCUGGAAGCGUUCUAUAGCUCUCCACAUGAACUGCCCUAUCCUGAUACCAGAAUAGGCCGUUUUACUAUCCAGAACGUGGUACCGCAACCUGAUGGUGACAGUUCAAAGGUCAAGGUGAAAGUGCGUGUGAACGUGCACGGGAUCUUCAGCGUGUCCAGUGCUUCACUUAUAGAGAAGCAGAAAGGAGAGGCAGAUGAUGUGCAGAUGGACACAGAACCUACUGUACAGAACGAAGGCCGGCCUGAAGAUCAGAAUAAAAUGCAGGUGGAUCAUGAUGGCCAAGGAGAACCCAGCACUGAUGAGGAAAGAAUGAAUAACUCUGGCAGUAAGGAUGGUGCUUCUGAUAAGCAAGAGCAAGGUGCAAGUGGUAGCAAACCCAAAACAAAGGUUAAGAGUGUUGAUCUGCCCAUCUUGGCCAGCACCACCAGACAGCUGGAUAAAGAUGUGCUCAAUAAUUUUGUUGAAUAUGAGAAAAAAAUGAUCAUUCAGGACAAGCUGGAAAAGGAGAGGAACGAUGCUAAAAAUGGUGUAGAAGAAUAUGUUUAUGACCUGAGAGACAAACUGUGUGGCAUCUAUGAGAAAUUUGUCACUGAAGAUGAAAGCAAUCGACUCAUCCUAAUGCUGGAAGACACAGAGAACUGGCUGUAUGAAGAAGGAGAAGACCAGGAGAAAGAGAUCUAUCAGGACAAAUUGUCUGAACUCAAAAAGUUUGGUGGGCCCAUUGAAGAACGGUACAGAGAGCAUGAGGGCAGACCCAGAGCGUUUGAUGAGCUAGGCAAGAAAAUACAGCUAUUUAUGAAGACUGCGGAUGCCUAUAAACAGAAGGAUGAGCGCUACCAGCAUUUGAGCGCUGAGGAGAUGGGUGUCGUUGAGAAGAGUGUAAAUGAAGCCUUAGCCUGGAUGAAUGCAAAGAUGAACGCCCAGAGCAAACUCACAAUUGCUCAAGACCCAGCAGUCAAAGUAGCAGACAUCAUUCAAAAGAUUCAGGAGUUAGAGGAGGUUUGCAGUCCAGUGCUCACCCGACCCAAACCCAGAACCGAGGAGCCCAUAGAAGAGGGAGACAAAAACAAUGGGGCACACAAUGGCCCUGCUUCACAACAAGGUGCUGAAAGCAAAGGCAAUCAGCAGACGAAACCUCCGUCUGGAGAGAUGGAGGUGGACUGAGCCCUUCCACACUGAACCUGCUGCCAUUCUCACACAAGCCACUAUUAAACCUUUUCAACUCACACUGAAUUAAUAGCUGGAACCAUUCUCUUUGUGUCCACCACUCAGUUGGCUGUAUUCGUGCAUCUGUUUGUUGAAGUCUGCUGUUCUGUUGGUUUUCUCUUGUACCUAUUAAGGGAUCGGAUGAGGCUAUCCUUUGAAUGUUAUAGCUAUAUUUUAAAGUCAGUAUGGGAUUGGACGUCCAUGAUGGAUCAUAUGAAGUACUGUAGAUGUAGUCCAGUAGCUGAAACAACGCAGCCGCUCUUAACAAUAUCGUAUCCCUGAAGUAAUGUGAUACUUGCAUACUGGGAGUCCCAAAGUCAUUCUCAAGAGGUCAAUCAAACAACUUAAAAUAAUGUUUGAUCAAUCCUUAAGGUUGAGGAAAACAAGCAAAUAUGUAUGCAAUAUAUAUAAAUAUAUAUUUGUAUUUAAUAUGAAAAUGUCCAAAGGACGUGUUGUCUAGAGCCUGUAAAUAUUAUUUUAGUAAUUUGAAUUUAUGGGUGCUUAGAUAUAGGUACACUCCUAUUGUUGACAUUGCUACGCUUUUAGCUCUGUAGUGUCAUAUGAAAGUAGAAUGUACUGAGCGGUUCAUUACCUUUUUUUCCAGUUUUCAUGCAGUCCCAUAAAAGUGGUUUGAUGAUCACAAAUAAUAAAUCAUGCCUUUAUGA